GAAGAAGAAGAAGAAGAAGAAGAAGAAGAAGAAGAAGAAGAAGAAGAAGAAGAAGAAGAAGAAGAAGAAGAAGAAGAAGAAGAAGAAGAAGAAGAAGAAGAAGAAGAAGAAGAAGAAGAAGAAGAAGAAGAAGAAGAAGAAGAAGAAGAAGAAGAAGAAGAAGAAGAAGAAGAAGAAGAAGAAGAAGAAGAAGAAGAAGAAGAAGAAGAAGAAGAAGAAGAAGAAGAAGAAGAAGAAGAAGAAGAAGAAGAAGAAGAAGAAGAAGAAGAAGAAGAAGAAGAAGAAGAAGAAGAAGAAGAAGAAGAAGAAGAAGAAGAAGAAGAAGAAGAAGAAGAAGAAGAAGAAGAAGAAGAAGAAGAAGAAGAAGAAGAAGAAGAAGAAGAAGAAGAAGAAGAAGAAGAAGAAGAAGAAGAAGAAGAAGAAGAAGAAGAAGAAGAAGAAGAAGAAGAAGAAGAAGAAGAAGAAGAAGAAGAAGAAGAAGAAGAAGAAGAAGAAGAAGAAGAAGAAGAAGAAGAAGAAGAAGAAGAAGAAGAAGAAGAAGAAGAAGAAGAAGAAGAAGAAGAAGAAGAAGAAGAAGAAGAAGAAGAAGAAGAAGAAGAAGAAGAAGAAGAAGAAGAAGAAGAAGAAGAAGAAGAAGAAGAAGAAGAAGAAGAAGAAGAAGAAGAAGAAGAAGAAGAAGAAGAAGAAGAAGAAGAAGAAGAAGAAGAAGAAGAAGAAGAAGAAGAAGAAGAAGAAGAAGAAGAAGAAGAAGAAGAAGAAGAAGAAGAAGAAGAAGAAGAAGAAGAAGAAGAAGAAGAAGAAGAAGAAGAAGAAGAAGAAGAAGAAGAAGAAGAAGAAGAAGAAGAAGAAGAAGAAGAAGAAGAAGAAGAAGAAGAAGAAGAAGAAGAAGAAGAAGAAGAAGAAGAAGAAGAAGAAGAAGAAGAAGAAGAAGAAGAAGAAGAAGAAGAAGAAGAAGAAGAAGAAGAAGAAGAAGAAGAAGAAGAAGAAGAAGAAGAAGAAGAAGAAGAAGAAGAAGAAGAAGAAGAAGAAGAAGAAGAAGAAGAAGAAGAAGAAGAAGAAGAAGAAGAAGAAGAAGAAGAAGAAGAAGAAGAAGAAGAAGAAGAAGAAGAAGAAGAAGAAGAAGAAGAAGAAGAAGAAGAAGAAGAAGAAGAAGAAGAAGAAGAAGAAGAAGAA